UGAGACUUGAAAGGUAUGUUUGUCAUUGUUAGCCCAUUGAUGAGGUAGAGAUGGAGGGAUCUACUCCAAUAGGGAAGAAGAAAAUGCCAUCUGUUCUUGAUUGGGCAAGCCUACAAAUUCGUAAUUACCAUAUGCAGCAAUAACAACAUCAGCAGCAGCAGUCUUAUUCUACACUUACUGUGCAACAAUGGCAGGCUCUUCAUUCAUCUCCGCAGCCACUAAAAGGCUAGAGGGCAAGGUCGCGCUAAUCACCGGAGGAGCCAGCGGGAUCGGCGAGAUCACAGCCAGGGUCUUUGCCCACCACGGUGCCAAGGUGGUCAUCGCCGACGUCAACGACUCGCUCGGCCACUCCGUCCGCGACUCCCUCAGCCGGGACAACGCCUCCUUCGUCCACUGCGACGUCACUGACGGGUCCCAAAUCAAGGCCGCUGUUGCUGAGGCUGUCUCCACCUACGGCAAGCUCGACAUCAUGUUCAACAACGCCGGGAUCACCGGCCCGAACGAGACCCGCAUCAUCGACAACGACAAGGCGGACUUCGAGCGCGUCCUUGCCGUGAACGUCACCGGCGUCUUCCUCGGGAUGAAGCACGCGGCGCAGGCCAUGAUCCCGGUGCGGCGCGGGUGCAUCAUCAACACCGCCAGCAUCAGCUCUGGCCUCGCCGGCAUGACCUCGCAUGCCUACACGUGCGCAAAGCACGCGGUGCUGGGGCUGACGAGGAACGCCGCCGUGGAGCUGGGGCAGUUCGGGAUCCGGGUGAACUGCCUGUCGCCCAACGCCUGCGCGACGCCGCUGGCGACCGGGUUCUUCGGCAUGAGCCCCGCGGAGCUGGAGGCAGCGAUAGAUGCGGUGGCGAACCUGAAGGGGGUGACGUUGAAGGUGGAGGACGUGGCGAACGCCGCCCUGUUCCUGGCAGGCGACGAGGCGAGGUAUGUCAGCGGCCACAACCUGUCCAUCGAUGGCGGCUUCAGCGUCGUCAACUCUUCGUUCCGCUUGUUCCAUUAUCCCCCCGAGGAGGCCUGAUUGGGCCGGGCCGGGUCUCAUGUGAUUGCCCCCAUUCGACCCGAUUCGAUUACGGCCUCAUUUUCUCGGGUCAGGCCGGAGAUCUGAAGGGCCCACGGCCGCAUCGAUCUGCUGAAAAAGAAGGGAGAGAUUAAUUUUAAUUUUUGGGAAAAUGUCACAAUUGAUCCCUGAAGUUUUAUGUAAUGUUCAAUUUCGUCCAUGUACUUUUGAUUGGCUCAAUUUGAUCCUGAACUAUUAACAAAUGUUCAA